AUGACUUUGAAAUAUUAUUUCAAUGUGCUAUUGCUAAUUUAUUUUCUAACUCCUAAUGGUUCUGUUGCAACAAGUCGACUUCAACUUUUCAAGGAUGUUUUAGAUAAUCAUGAUGCCCGUGUUGCUCCAUUUGAUACAACAGCAGAAGCUAUUCCGCUGACGGUUCAUAUAAAUCUUAUGUCCAUUCGUGGAGUAAGUGAAAGGGAACAAACGUUCUCCACAUCUAUGUGGUUGACUCUGGGAUGGAUGGAUCAUCGACUAAGUUGGAAUCCUUCUUCAUACAAAGGUAUAACCUCUAUCAUUGCAAAUUCCAAAAACGUAUGGUCUCCGAGUUCUGUCUGCAUUUACAAUGAAGUCAAAAGUGAAAAAUGUUUAACUGAAGACAAUCCAGUUACCAUCAUGAAUAUAGGUUGGGUUGCAUAUACUACAACCCGUGAAAGUGUUACACAGUGCACAUUAAAUAUCAGAAAGUAUCCCUUUGACUCGCAUGUGUGCUCAAUAUAUAUUGGAAAUCUAUUUGAAGUUUCAGAGUUUCUACUUCCUCAAGAACAAUAUUCAACGAUCAGUCUAACUCACUACGAGAAAAAUGAAGAGUGGGAUAUUACAAAUUCUUUUUCAAGCCUUCAUCAAACAUAUGAUGCAUCUCUCAACUUAACCCUAAAACAACUUCAUUUCCAUGUGGAGAUUAAACGAAGAUACACUAAUGUGAUUCUUUCUGAUUUGCUUCCAAUAAUUCUGUUAUCUGUUCUUAAUAUCUUCUGCUUUUUGCUGCCUAUUGAAUCAGGAGAAAAGAUGGGGACUUCAAUGGCGAUAUUUCUGACGUUUGCAGUGUUUUUAACGAUAAUUAAUGAAUCGAUGCCGAAGUCAGACGACACUCCUUACUUCUCGGCUUACCUGCUUACCCAGGUCCUAGUAAGUGGGAUAACGGUGGUACUAGAGAGCAUUGUCCUCCAUGUUCAUUUCCAAUCCUCUGAAGAUACAUCAGAUAACAAAGUUGUCCCCCUUGAUGUGGAUGAAAAAGUGGAUGAAAAGGAGACAAAACGGAGAGUUUGCAAAUUUUUAAAAAUCGAUGCAAAGAAACUUGACAGAAUAUUUAUGAUAUCUAUUGUUAUAAUAAAUGUAGUUUCGUUAAUUUAUUUUUUGGUGCAAUGUCAGUAA